UAUUGAAUUUAAUAAAUUCUGCCUAAUACCUUAAUAUAGGAAAGUUAUCGUUCCCUUUGCUACCUCGCCGUGGUGUCCAACAAAUUCCGACCCCGAUUACCACUGCAUAACCAGCAUCGCAAAACGGAAGCUUAGCAUGAUGGCGAGCCUCUCAGUUGGUUUUCCUGUCAUCCCAGUUCGAACCUCUUCUAACCACACUGUUCCUCGUUGUCGGAGAUUAACCGGAAAUGUUAUCGCUUCUGUGAACCAUAAAAAAGAUACCUCUUUUGGAGUUAAAGUUGUUGAAGGCCAUGGCUCGCUCCCCAAAGUCUGCUUGAGCUCGGCUAAUGGAAGUGAGGCUGAAAUAUACUUGUUUGGAGCAUGUAUUACCUCAUGGAAGCCUGAGAAUGGCAAAGACCUCCUCUUUGUUCGGCCAGAUGCAGUCUUCAAUGGGCAGAAACCGAUUAGUGGAGGAAUACCACAUUGUUUCCCACAGUUUGGACCUGGUCCUAUGCAGCAG